CUCUGCAGGUGGCGUUCGGCUCUCUCUACAGAGACGACGUGCUGAUCAACCCGAGCCGCGUGGUCGCUCUGCUGGCCGCAGCGUGUAUGCUGCAACUUGAUGGCUUAAUCCAGCAAUGUGGAGAAACCAUGAAGGAAACCAUCACUGCACAGACUGUGUGUGGUUACUAUAACUCUGCAGGGACGUACGGGUUGGACUCCGUGAAGAAAAAGUGCCUUGAGUGGCUCUUGAACAACCUGAUGACUCACCAGAGUGUUGUCCUCUUCAAGGAACUCAGCAUAAGCCUCAUGACACAGCUGAUCAGCUCCUCGAACCUGUUUGUGCUGCAGGUGGAAAUGGAUGUGUACACAGCUCUCAAAAAGUGGAUGUUCCUUCAGCUUGUGCCUUCUUGGAAUGGGUUCUUCAAGCAGCUGUUGGGCGAAGCUGACGCCUGGUUUGCCGAGCGCAGGAGAGUUCGGGGGUGGCGUGGGAUUCCUGGGGUCGGCGCUGCAUCCCUGGAGUCGGCGCAGGGGAGUCCAUUCCUGCCUGUGUUUGCACACCUGAGGCUGCAGUACAUCAUCAGUGACUUGGCCUCAGCCAGGAUCGUUGAGAGAGAUGCCCUGCUGCCCUCAGAGUGGCUGUCCUCUGUUUACAAACAGCAGUGGUUUGCCAUGCUCAGAGCAGAACAAGACAAUGACAUUGGGCCUCAAGAAAUAAAUAAAGAGGAACUGGAAGGAAACAGCAUGAGGUGUGGCCGUAAACUGGCAAAGGAUGGGGAUUACUGCUGGAGGUGGACAGGCUUCAACUUUGGCUUUGACCUGCUUGUCACCUACACCAACCGCUACAUCAUCUUCAAGAGGAACACGCUGAACCAGCCCUGCAGUGGUGCUGUCAGCCUGCAGCCACGCAGGAACAUCGCCUUCAGGUUACGUCUGGCCUCGUUUGACAGCAGUGGGAAGAUGGUUUGCUGUCGGACUACAGGAUAUCAGAUCCUGACCCUCGAGAAGGACCAGGAGCAGAUAGUGAUGAAUCUGGACAGCAGAUUCCUGACAUUCCCACUCUACAUCUGCUGCAACUUCCUGUACACAUCUCCAGAGAAGAAGGCAGAUGGUGAGGCACAGCUGGAUAACAUGGAGGCCUGA